CCGCCGGCCUGGCUGCCUGGUUGCCUGCUCGCUCGACUGGACUGGACCGGACCCAGGCACAGAAAGGAGUUCUGCUUGCCAUGGAGGGGCCCUCGCUGGAACUUUGGAAUGUCGAGCUUCUUGCCGUGUGUCUUCGUCCUCAUCGCUCGGGGUUAAGACGAGGCCAAAUCCGCUCCGGAACUCAGAUGAUGAGGAGGAAGGAAGGAAGGAAGGAAGGAGGAAAGGGGAGGAAGACGAAGAGACCGUGAGGAGCUGAGAAACGAGCACAAGGGCGAACUGGUCGCCGGUGCCUCGGGACCACACUGCGAGAGAGAGACUGAGACUCGAACAGGAGCGAGAAAUAGCAGUGCUCGCGCAUCGCCGUCAUCAUCCACAACACCUCCACCACCGCCCGCGCUGAGUCCUAGGCGUCAUCAGCUCACUGCUGCCUCUUGGCUGCGCAUGCAGGCCAAACACAAAUCCAACCUGGUCACGCUGGCUGCGCGAGCCAGGCAGGCACAUAAAUGAGAGCGCGUGAGUGAGCGAGUCAGUCAGAGAGGGGAGGGCAGGAAGACAGGAAGAGAAGAGAAGGAGGGAGGGAGGAACGAGAGCGAGAGGGAGAGAGAGAGAGAGAGAGAAAGGGAGGCAGCCUCCAGGCGAGAGGAAGUGAUUUCGCAACUAGCUACUGAUAAUCAUCAGUACAAUUUUGGUGCCCCGAGCUUCAGACAGCUCCACAGAGCUUGAACAGUUUGAGAUUACUCGUUCGCACUCGCAGUGCCCAUUUGCAGUAUCAUUGUGACCGGGGCGGACCGACAGGACUGACUGACUGACUUUUCUUUGGCUCCGACUCGUAGGCCCGGGAGCUCUUGUACAAAUUUUGGUCUCAAAUUUUGAUUGUUUGCAAGCACGAUCUUCCCCGUUGAAUAUUUGGAAUACUUCUGCACGUGUACAAUUCAGGUGACCGCCGGUGAAUUUAAGGAAGAAGGAAGCAGAAGAAGCGUGUAAACUGUGUAUCGAUUCCGAAUUGAUAAAAUCGAAAGAAAGGAUAAUCGAUCCGAGAGGUGAAAUAGUCUGCGUUUCGUGCAGUGUGGUAGCAGUCAUGGCCGAGUUUGUGAUCACGAGAAUACGCAUGCCUCGGCAGCGCUUUUCGGGGUACUUCACCUGCGUCUGUGUAGUGCUGGUGUUUCUGAUGCACCUGGCGUCGGCUGAACGACUGAUGUCCUCGAGGAGAGACGCCGGAGCUGACAGCCUAGACCUUCUGCUCGGAGCUGGCAAUCAGAAUGGAAUGGUCACCAAGUCUGUGAGUGAUCAAUAUGGAUCCGGAGACGAGGCGGCCAGCAGCGCCAGCUCGAGCUCGAGCUCGAUGGCUCCGAUCGAUCGACACAGCUUUUGGUUUAAAGGUAUGGAGAAUCUGUCGCAUCGCAUUUUCCAACUGGGGGCCGAAGAAGAGGUGAAGUGGCCGGAGCUGAAGCUCACGCAGCUGCGCACCAUUUUGGGCAUCGUCUUCGGAGGCAUAGGAGCGGGACUCUCGAGCGCCGGAGGUCUGGGAGGAGGAGGACUGUUCGUGCCUCUGUUCAACCUGAUGCUGCAGUUCGAUCCCAAAACUUCUGCCGCACUCUCGAACUUCAUGAUCCUCGGUGGAAGCAUCGUGAAUCUGAUCAUCAACCUGCGACAGCACCAUCCUUUCCACAAGAGCAAGCCCGUCAUAGAUUUCGACGUCCUGCUGCUCAUGCAGCCCAACAUGCUGCUGGGAAUCAGCAUCGGAGUCAUCUUCAAUGUCAUCCUCCCGUCCUGGCUCAUCACCGCUCUCCUCGCGCUCGUGCUCGGAUACAUGACCUUCCACUCCAUGAAAGGUGGCCUCAAGCGCUGGAGCAAGGAGUCGCAGCAAAAUCAAGCUCGCAAAGAAGCCCUGGAAGCGCAAGCUCGAGCUCCCGUAUCAGUUUCCAUCUCCCCACCUGCUGACGAGAGCGAGGUAACAGCUGCUGCAGCUGCUCCGAACUUCUCAGUCCCGACCUCAGAAGAGGCUGCAGCUGACGGACCCAAGGACUCGCUCACCACACCGCUGCUGUUGGGCGCUCCCCCAGCAGGUCCACCCCGACCACCGAAGCUCAUUCCUCGAAGGAAGAUUGCAGCCCUCGUCGUGGUGUGGUUGGCAUUCUUCUCGGUCCAAGUUCUGCGCGGAGGGAAAAGUGACUCGCCAAGUGUCUUGGGCUUUGAGAAAUGCGGCAUCGGAUACUGGGCUCUCACCUCCACCCAAAUACCGCUGGCUCUGAUCCUCACCGCGUGGACCAUCAACCAAUUGCGUCAGUAUCACGGCGCUCCCAACAAGGAUAAUGCCAAGGUUUACGACAUUCAGGAAGAGGGAUACGUGCUGGGCCCAGAUUCUGCCACUCUCUUUCCAUGGAUGGCUCUGGUAGCUGGUGUGUUGGGCGGUAUGCUUGGAAUCGGAGGCGGCAUGAUUAUCAACCCUCUGCUCUUCUCAGUCGGAAUGCUUCCUCAAGUGACGGCUGCAACGUGUGCAUCCAUGGUGUUUUUCUCGUCUUCCAUGUCUGUCAUACAGUACUGGUUAAUGGGCCGAAUUCCUCUACAAUACGCUCUCAUUUCCGCCGUCCUCUGUGCAAUCUUCUCGUGGUUCGGCAUCGUUAUCGUACACAAAGCCAUCGAGAAGUACAACCGGGCCUCGCUGAUCGUGUUCUCGGUGGCAGCGGUCAUGGGAGUGAGUGCCGUGCUCAUGUGCGGCUUCGGAGGCUACGACGUCUGGCGGCAGUACAUAGGAGGAGGCUACAUGGGCUUCCACUACCCUUGCUGAUAACGAACUACGAUGACUCGGAUCCCUCAUCCCUCGGUCUCCAUACACUCCCUCCCUCCUGUGAAUAUGCACAGAAUUCUUGUGCAGAGUCUGUAAUCUGCAAGCUCGUCUCCCCUGACAUUGCUCUGCACUGACCUGCCCUCCCCUCUCCUGCCCUCUCAAUAAUUGAUGUAUAUUUAGCUCAGUAGGACCAACGGAAGGUAGCACGCCGUCACUCACCUCCAGCACCGUAAACAGCAUCGAUACAUAUUUACGCCAAAUUUCAACUCCCCGACUCCCCAAAGGCCACCGAAGGUAAAGCUUAAAGUGAACGACGAUUCUUCUAGAAUUGUACCAGAUGUCCCCUAGAGAAUCUGAAAGCCAGCUUCCAGAUAUGGCUAGCACCUUCCCAGAGCUUUUCAAAUUAGUGACUGUGAACCACCGUGCAGACUCUGCAACACGCAGCAUAUGAUAUGGAGAGGUACGGUGCGGUCGUAGACUAGCCGAUUUUAUAACAUUGAUUCCACGGCCUGCCCGGGUCUUGUAGAUGUAGAUGAAGAUGUGAGCUCGAAAAGUGCAAAGUGAUAUUUAUCACGGCGUUCGACAUUUAUUGACAAGUGAGAUGGUUCCGGUACGCGAUUUUUGUAACAUCAGUCUCGUACACUAGUACACAUUUUUUUGCCUUC